CCCAUCCUCACAUCUCAUUCCAUAAACCGAUUUUGAGAAAGAAAACAGAGCAAAAAAACAAGAACACAACCACGACGGAGAGAGAGAGAGAUAUUGAUCGAACAGUUGUUUUGGGUUCGGAGCGGUGGCGACCGAAAACCCAGAACAAGAGACGAUAGGUCGUCUCCAAUCGUUUUUAUCGUCUUUGUUGGCGAGUCUUGGAGGGGUUUUUGGCCAUAACGAAGAAGAAUCUGAAUCAGAGUCAGACAUGGGUUCAAGAGCUGUUGUUCCAGACCAACAACCCAGAGGGAGAGGAGGUAAGCAGAAGAAUGGACAAGCAGAAGGAAGAAACCGGCGCGUUCUUAGAGAUAUUGGAAACCUUGUACCUGUUCCUACUGUAGAAGAGAAGCCCCAAAAUCAGAUCUCUCGCCCGGUUACAAGGAGUUUGUGUGUACAACCAGCAGCAGCAGCAGAGAAAAAGAACAAGAAACCACUUGCAGAAGUUGUUAAUGGUGGAGGUGCAGUAAAAGCAGCAGCUGCUGCACACAAGAAGCAUUACGAUCCUCCAAAACCAGAGACGGUAAUUGUCAUAAGCUCUGAUGAGGAAUUGGAGUCCGAGGAGAAAAAAAAGCCUGUCGCUGUCAUUGCAAGAAAGUCGCGAGUUGGGUCUUCUAGGACCAUGACUUCGAUCCUCACUGCUCGAAGCAAGGUUGCGUUGUGUGGACCCACCACGAAACCGAAGGUUCCAAUAGCAGACAUUGAUGCAGCAGAUGUUGAUAAUGAAUUGGCAGUUGUGGAGUAUGUUGAGGACAUCUACAAGUUCUACAAGCUAACAGAGGGCGAGAGUCGAGUUCACGAUUACAUGGAUUCACAGCCUGAAAUCAAUUCAAAGAUGAGAUCAAUUCUCAUAGACUGGUUGACAGAGGUUCACAGAAAGUUUGAACUAAUGCCUGAGACCCUUUACCUCACAAUUAACAUAGUUGAUCGGUACCUUUCAAUGAAUGCUGUCCCAAGGAGGGAGCUUCAGUUGGUCGGCAUUAGUUCAAUGCUAAUUGCUUGCAAGUACGAAGAAAUUUGGGCACCAGAGGUUAGUGACUUCAUUGUCAUAUCGGACAAUGCUUACGUUAGAGAACAGAUUCUUAUCAUGGAGAAGGCGAUUUUGGGAAAGCUAGAAUGGUAUUUAACCGUUCCUACGCCCUAUGUCUUCCUCGUUCGCUUUAUCAAAGCUUCUGUUCCAUCCAAUGAUCAUCGUGAGGAGAUGGAGAAUAUGGUGUUUUUCCUGGCUGAACUUGGUCUGAUGCACUACCCAACCAUCAUAUUGUACUGCCCGUCAAUGAUUGCUGCUUCGGCUGUUUACGCUGCACGGUGCACCCUCAACAGUAACCCUCUCUGGACCGAAACUCUGAAGCACCACACCGGUUACUCUGAAGAUCAAUUGGGGGAUUGUGCAAAGAUGUUGGCAAGGUUUCACUCAGAUGGAGGUGGUGUAGAGAAAAGUAAGCUAAAGGCAGUGUACAAGAAAUUCUCAAGUCCAGACAGAAGCUCUGUUGCUCUCUUUCCACCAGCAAGGAGUCUUCUUCUUGUGCUUUAAAGAAAGUCUCUGAUUUGGCACUUCCAAAUGGGAUGAUGGAGUGGUAUAGUAUUAGUAGUAGGAGUUUGUUGAAUUUGAGAUUAGUAUUAGUAAGUAGCAGGAGUUUGAUGAAUUUGAGAUCAUUGUGGGCUGUUAUGAUCUCGUCUAUCAUAGCUAAUAUAUGUUAAUAGUUGAGUGAUUUGCUUUUGAAAUUUUUGAUGAGGUGUUUCAUUAUUAUGAUUUGAUUGAUUGAUUCACUUUCUGGUAAAA